AGUUGGUCGCCCCUAUGACGUAAUUCAGGUCCCUUCAGUGCACCAUGGCGGCCACCGGCACGAAAUCGGUUCUGUUCGUUUGCCUGGGGAACAUUUGCAGGUCCCCCAUUGCUGAAGCUGUGUUUAGGAAGAUGGCAACAGACGCUGGGUUGGUUGAUAAGUGGCUCAUAGACAGUGGCGCCACAUCUGACUGGAAUACAGGCAGCUCACCGGAUUCCCGAGGCCUGGCUUGCCUGAGGAAGUAUGGCAUUGAGACAAGCCAUAGGGCCCGACAGGUACAGAUGGAUGAUCUGUGGCUCCGUUCACCUCAUUAGUGUGUUCUUUGUUCUAAUCUUUUGUUAAUUGUACAUUAUUUGACUAUUAGAGGUCAUUUUGGAUACAUUCUUUACAGGUUCUACACAUCCAGCUUUAAAAAGGGUCUAUAAA